UUGAUCAGUAUAAGUGUCAUAUCGCUUGUGUCUGAAUUAUCCAGGGAAUCAUGGGUGCUUUGUUGUUCUACAAUUCCUCAAUUGGAUCAACUCAAUCCAUAAAAUUGUUGGGUAGUAAUCAAAAGUUGCUGUUGAAGAAGGAAAAGAAGAUUAGUAUUGGUUGCUACCAAGAAAGGAAUGUCAAUCCAAGACUACUUUCAAAAGAAACUUCGAAGAGCACUGGUACUGAUCAUUCAACAAUGUCACCAUCAAUGUCUACAAAAAGGUUGCCAAAGGGUAUUGGAAUUGUUGAAUUUUUCAGUGGCAAGAACAUUCUUGUUACGGGUGCCACUGGGUUCGUUGCUAAAGUUCUUGUGGAGAAGAUUCUAAGGACGAUCCCUGAUUUGGGCAGAAUAUAUCUCCUAAUCAAGGCACAAAAUAAGGAAGCUGCAAAAGAAAGAUUGAAGCAUGAGAUUAUAAAUGCAGAUGUUUUCAAGUGUCUCCAAGAGAAGCACGGAGAAUCCUAUGAAGCUUUCAUGCUCAACAAGUUGGUUCCUGUGGUAGGAAAUGUUUGUGAAUCUAAUCUUGCAUUAGAAGGCGACACAGCUGAUUUGAUAGUAAAUCAAGUAGAUGUGAUUGUAAAUUCUGCAGCCAACACAACCUUUGAGGAAAGGUAUGAUGUUGCUCUUGACACAAACACAAAAGGAGCCAAACACUUGAUAAGCUUUACAAAGAAAUGCAAGGAAUUGAAGCUGUUAUUGCAUAUCUCAACAGCUUAUGUCAAUGGUGGAAGGCAAGGUUGCAUCAUGGAAAACCCACUUCGCAUGGGCGAUUACAUAGCAAGAGAGAUGCUUCUCUUUGAGACACCGCAAACAUUUGUCCCUGCAUUGGAUGUUGAAAAUGAAAUAAAGCUAGCGUUGGUUUCAAAGAAAUCUUCUGCGGAAUAUGCACUUGCUCAAAUGAUGAAAAACUUUGGGAUAAUGAGGGCAAAUCAGUAUGGAUGGCACAACACCUAUGAGUUCACGAAGGCCAUGGGAGAAAUGAUGAUUGAAAAUCUGAGAGGAGACAUACCAGUCGUCAUAAUUCGGCCUAGUAUUAUUGAAAGCACUUACCGAGAACCAUUUCCGGGAUGGAUACAAGGAAACAGGAUGUUAGAUCCAGUUAUUUUGGGUUAUGGAAAAGGUCAGCUCACUGGUUUUCCGUUUGACCCAAAUGCGGUCAUCGACGUGGUCCCCGUUGACAUGGUUGUCAAUGCAUCCUUGGCAGCCAUUGCAAAGCACGGUGGUGCUAGGAAAUCCGGAAUUAAUGUCUAUCAGACUACUUCAUCACUGGUAAACCCAUUAGUUUUCCAGGACUUUUGGAGGUCAUGCUAUGAACACUUUAAUUCCAUGCCAUGCCUGAACUCAAAUGGGAGGCCAGUUUAUGUUGAGGAGAUCGAGUGCUUUAACUCUAUGGAUGACUUUUCUGCUCACCUUCGGAGAGAUACUUUUAAACUCCCAGGGCUUACAACACCACGAAAACGCGAAAUCAUGCACAACAAAUUGGUUCAAUAUGCUGAGCAUUUGGCUGGUAUAUACAAAGCAUUCGCAUUCUAUAGUGGAAGGUUUGAUAAUAGCAACACUGAGGACCUGAUGGAAUGCAUGUCUGAAGAAGAAAAGAGGGAUUUUGGAUUCAAUGUGAGGAGCAUAGAUUGGAAAGAUUACAUCAAGAAUGUACACAUCCCAGGUGUUAGGCGACAUCUGAUGAAGGAGAUAAAAGAAUGCCUGAAAUAAAUCAAAAUAGUGGUUAAGUGAUGCUGAUGUCCAGAUUGUUUGGGUUAAUCAACAACUUUUGUUGGAUACUAUAUUUGAUGUUUUAAUAUUACAAUAAACAUUCCACGUGCGGUAUGUAAUGAAGGAGAGAAGAAGCCAGUAAUAAAUUGAAACAGUGGGUACGUAAAUAUGUUGAUAUCCAGAUUGUUUGGGUUCAACAACUUCUGUUGGAUAUCUUAGAUAUAUAUAUGGGUGCAUUCUCUA